UCGCUUCACAUGACUCAGAGGAAGCGUCAUGUCAAGCAGAUUCCCUCGUUUUCUCUCUCCCCGCUCGGUUCCCUUGCGUCUCUCCAUGCAUCCACGGUGGGAGGAACUAAGACGCUAGUGAGGGAAACGUGGAUGCAAUUUAUUUAUUUAUUUAUUUUGUGGAUGCAAUUUAAGAGACUUGAGAUGUACCCCGUGUGACGUUUCCGGAUGUUAACAGAGCAGUCAGGGUUGUCCUAACGGUCCGUAACAAGCCUUACUAGGAAGCAGAGAUGAGAGUUUCCACCAGUAAACUGCAGCAGCUCACCAUCUUCACCACUGUGCUGACAGGUGGAGGGAUCGGCACCAUGUACUAUCUGCUGCAGAAGAAAUUCUUUGAGUCAGACUACCACAGAUUGGCUCUGCAGAAGUUAGAAGCAUGUCCGGUUGCCAUGGAAAGACUGGGGGCCCCACCUUUAAAAAUCCACAACAUCCAUCUAACUGAUAGAAACAACCGUGUAGACCAGCACAGCGCACAGAUAAAGAUCCCUGUGACUGGGUCAGAAACUGGAGGUUAUCUGUAUACGUCUUCAGUUAGAGACCCUAAUACCAACAGAUGGAGUCUGAAGCAGGCAGUUCUGAUGCUCAGAGAGGGACAGACCAUCGACCUGCUGAAUCCUCCUCCACCAGCUGUGACAGAGCACACAGAGGAACUGAAUACAGGCUGCUGGCACUGACCAACUCCAUGUACUUAUGAAAACAAUAAGGUGGAAUUUGUCCUGCUCCAACAGGUGUUGAGUAGAGGUCUAAAAUAAUGAUAAUAAUAGUAUGUAGUAUAAUAAUGAGGAAUAUUUACCAAUUGGGAAAUCCUCAAUUUUGGUAUCAUUUUGAUGUGGUAUGGUUUUCAAAAGGGAAGAGCCUGUAUAGAUCAUAUUUAUACAGUAUCUACAGUGGUUAGAAACAACAGAUUAAAGUACAAUAAGCCCA